GAGAGAGAAAGUAACUCCAGGACGAGACCGGAGCGACCCGCGCAGCAAGCAGAGGCGGCGAGGCUGCGCCCGGCGCCCGAGACCAGCGGCUGCGCGGGGCGGGGGCUGCGCCCGAGUCCGAUCCGCCGCUCCGGCUCCGAGUGGUCUCGGGGAAAGGGUCGUUGUCCAGCACAGAUGCGUUUGUCGGAGGGAGCAGUGGAGGUUCGCGGCAAGGCGUACAGCCUGGGGCUUCCAAUGAUACUCUGGGCAGUGAUGGAAGCCUAGAUGCCUCACCGCAAGGAGCGGCCGAGCGGGUCCUCGCUUCACGCCCACGGCAGCACUGGCCCCGCGGAGGGAGGAAGCAUGUCUCGGUUGUCUCUCACCCGGUCGCCUGUGUCUCCCCUGGCCGCCCAGGGCAUCCCACUGCCAGCCCAGCUCACUAAGUCCAACGCGCCCGUGCACAUCGACGUGGGCGGCCACAUGUACACCAGCAGCCUGGCCACGCUCACCAAGUACCCUGACUCCAGAAUAAGCCGCCUCUUCAAUGGCACCGAGCCCAUCGUCCUGGACAGUUUGAAGCAACAUUAUUUCAUCGACCGGGAUGGGGAGAUUUUCCGCUAUGUCCUGAGCUUCCUGCGGACGUCGAAACUGCUGCUCCCAGAUGACUUCAAGGACUUCAGCCUGCUGUACGAGGAGGCGCGCUACUACCAGCUGCAGCCCAUGGUGCGCGAGCUGGAGCGCUGGCAGCAGGAGCAGGCGCAGCGGCGCCGCAGCCGGGCCUGCGACUGCCUGGUGGUGCGGGUCACGCCGGACCUGGGUGAGCGGAUCGCACUCAGCGGCGAGAAGGCUCUCAUCGAGGAGGUCUUCCCCGAGACCGGGGACGUCAUGUGCAACUCGGUCAACGCCGGCUGGAACCAGGACCCCACGCACGUCAUCCGCUUCCCGCUCAACGGCUACUGCCGGCUCAACUCGGUGCAGGUCCUGGAGAGGCUGUUCCAGAGGGGUUUCAGCAUGGCUGCGUCCUGCGGGGGUGGCGUGGACUCGUCCCAGUUCAGUGAAUAUGUGCUUUGCCGGGAGGAACGGCGACCGCAGCCCACGCCCACUGCUGUCCGAAUAAAGCAGGAGCCCCUGGACUAGGCCCUGCCUCAGUGCCCACCUGAGGCCUUUGGGCCCUGGGGACACCCCAGGGACCAGGAAACAGUGCUGGGGAGUUCUGCCUAUGCCUGCUUAGCGGUGGCCAUGAGACUGAGGGUGGGGCUGGAGGGUCCAAAGCCUGCCCAGAGAGCCCCAAGGCCCCAUGUGUCAUGGCAACAGAAUGUGGGAUGCUGGAGGCAUGUCCACUGAAGGACUGUUGAUGUGACCCAAAGAUGCCGAGGUGGGAGAACUCGGCCACCAGUUGUCUGGGCCCCUCAGCUCCCAGUCCGGUCCUCGAGGCUCCACAUGUGCCAAGGCAGGGUCAGCAGAGGCCUCCCCAGUGCACGCCGAGGAGCUGUCCAUCCUUCACCACACGGCAGACUCCAGUGGGUCUCCUUGCGUCAGAGGUGGCUUAUUUUUCUACAGUAUUUAAGACGGAAGUAACUGUAAGUGCACAAGUCAGAGAGGCCGACAAGGACCAAUGCUUCUUUAUCUUGUGCUCAGCUCAGUCGGACGCGCAGCAUGUCUGCAUGGGGGGUGGAAGAGCUGCCGGACACUCGGGCCCAGGUGCCCGCAGAGCAGGGCUUGGAAACUUCUGGUUCCUGCUCUAGGAGCAGAUGCAGGGAUGGCAGUGCCACAGGGGCUGAAACUGGGCUCCCACGGGGUGGGGCUGCUGGGAGGAGGGUGGUACAGGCGUGGGGGAUGGAUAGCUUUGGAGCCACUUGAGACCCUACCUUUGCUGCCACCUGGGGCACAGGCCACACUUGAGAGCCACCUGACCAACUAAUGCCCAGGGCCUUCGAUUCCUGUCUGUGCGCGCGCACACCUGGGCUCCCAGAGAAGUCAUCCCCCCAUCAGGACCAGCCACGGGGCCACACCACAUCCUUACCUCAGGAAUGGGCCCCACGGUGAAGGGGCCCAUCUGUCAGCAGCAUCCUCUGGGUCCCCAGCUCAGGAAGCCGUCCCCCACUCUGAUUUUCCCACACUCUUAUGCACACUGAAUUUUAAUUAGACUGUUACACUAGCUUGCCAGUAAGACCCGGACAGAGUCAUACCUUGGGUUCUUGGCCCCGGAUUCCAACGAGGACUGCCUCUGAGGGGUCCUCACAGACCUGCUGCCUCUCAGAUGACAGGCCCAAAGAUGGAUACCGCCUGCCUUGUCACACACAGUUCCCCUCCCCUCCCGAGAUGGCUCUUUCCCAGGUUGGAGAGACCGCAGAGAACUGCUGGGUGGGCGGGGCGUCCUGGCCAGCACUGCCCCUUGUACGAUGCCUGUAGACUUGUAUAUGACUCCUUUAAUAUUGUAAAGAUGCUGAUGGACAAUUGUCGCGUGUUUGUGUAAACACAUUAUGUUCCUAGUUCAUGCCAUAAAUGAUGCUAUAAAGCGAAA